AUGGCAAUCACUAAUCCUUUUCCCCAGACAACGAUCCUGAUAGGCACUGGGGAGACACCUCUCUCCCUCCUUUUUUUCUUAAAUGUACGAUCGUAUAUGCAUAUCUGUACAUUCGUACAUCCGUACACGCAGGAAAUUCUUCGCCAUGACUUAGCUGAGGGGCAGUACUUCGUAACGGGGAAACUAACCAGGGAGAUUUUUGCUGAUGAUUGCAGAUUUGUGGAUCCUACCAACGACGUGACCGGUCUCUCCAAAUACCUCACUGCUCUGGGCGUGCUGUUUGACCCGCAGUACAGCAAGGUUGAGUUGUUGGAUAUUCGUGUUGUGGGUCCUCGUCAAGUGGAGGCCGACUGGCGGUUGGGGGGCUACCUGGUGUUCCCCUGGCGCCCCCUCGUGCAACCCUUUACGGGUCACACGGUGUAUACGCUCAACGAGUCGGGUUUGGUUUCGGAGCAACGUCAGACCUGGAGCAUCAGCGCCGCCACUGCUCUGUUGGAGAGCUUCACCCCCUCCUGGGGCCCUCGAAAGCAGCUGUUCUGA